UCCCAUCUGUCUGCUGCUGGACCGACUGUCUCCCUGACAACUGAGCGAACUCACCUCCGUCUGUCUCUCUGGCCGUUUGACUCUCUGCUCAGAGCCCAAAGUUCAGUUUCUUAAGUGGGAAGAAGGCAGUACUACACUUUAAACAACUGGAAAACAUCUGGACAUCUUCUGCCGCUGGCCGCUGAAGAUCAGUGAAGGAGGAGGAAGUGCCUUGCUCAAAGGCUCUUCAAUAACAGCCGCUGAGGAAGAGGAGAGGAGCCACUUUACCCGCUUUGUCAAGAUCUUCUCAGGCCAACUGCAGUCCCCCGUGUCCUGAAUUAGGUGAAUCUCGCACCUGCAGAGCUGAGAGGUUACCCCACCGCAGCUGAGCCUCUAACCCGCCAUGGCAGACUGGAGCCUACUGGGAAACUUCCUGGAGGAAGUACAGGAGCAUUCUACCUCUGUCGGCAAGGUGUGGCUGACCAUCCUGUUUAUCUUCCGCAUCCUGGUGCUCGGCACUGCUGCUGAGUCGUCGUGGGGAGACGAACAGGAAGACUUCGACUGUGACACUGAACAGCCCGGCUGCGAGAACGUUUGUUACGACCGAGCCUUCCCUAUAGCACAUAUACGAUACUGGGUGCUCCAGAUCGUGUUUGUGUCCACCCCCAGUCUGAUCUACAUGGGCCACGCCAUGCACACCGUCCGCAGGGAGGAGAAGAGGAGGAGCAGAGAGGAGGAGGGAGGGGAGGGGGGAGGGAGAGAGGAGGACCCGGGAGGAGGCGAAGGAGGAGGGGAAGGAGAGAAACAGGGGAGGAAAGGAGAGAAGGAUGAAGGGAAGGAAAAAAGAGAAGUUCUAUCAUCAGGUCGAAUCCGUCUGAAGGGGGCGCUGCUGCAGACCUACGUACUGAGCAUACUGAUAAGAACCAUCAUGGAGGUGGUGUUUCUGUGUCUCCAGUACUUCCUGUAUGGAAUCUUCCUCAACCCUCUGUAUGUCUGCAAGGCCUGGCCAUGUCCGCACCCAGUGAACUGCUACGUCUCCAGACCGACGGAGAAAAAUGUCUUCAUAGUGUUCAUGCUGGCUGUGUCGGCCGUCUCUCUGGUCCUCAGUGUGCUCGAGCUGCAUCACCUGGCCUGGAGGCACUGCUGCAGGCGGCUCUUCUGCACGAGGAAGGCCGUCACCCCCGCUAACGGCUCGCUGUCCCGCCAGCUCUCUCUGUCUCCUCCGCCGCCGUCAACCCCGCCUCCAGACUUCAACCAGUGUGUGAUUGGAUCCUCGCACUUCCUGCCCCUCCCGUUCCCUAACCACCGCCUGGCUAACCAACAAAACUCGGAGAACAUGGCGACAGAGAAGCACAAAAUGGCCGCCGCCGUGGAGGAGGUAAACCUCCUGCAGAUGAGCUGCUACUCGCCGGGGUGGCAGGAUGCGAGCACCAAUCAGAUCCAAGAGGGCGGGUACCUGACCGACGCUAACUGCUACAGCCCGGGGAGCAGGGAGAUCAGCUGCCCUCAGAUCCAAAAUGGCGGCCCAGACGGGCUGCUGCUGUGCCCGAAUGGAGGGCUCUGUCAGAAGUCUGACAAACGCAGAUUCAGCAAAACCAGCGGAACGAGCAGCCGAACGAGGGCCGACGACCUCUCUGUUUAGAAAGCGUUCAAGCCCUGAAUAAAAAGAGACACGUCGGACCCUUUGAACGCUCGAGGAUGGCCGGAGGAGUCAGAGCCGAAUCCUUCAGCUUUAACACUAACCCUGUUUUUCUGUUUUGUCUCGACUGCUGUUAAAAUGAGCGAGGCUUUUCUUUUCUGAUUAACGCUUCCUUUACCAGACAAUCCUUUAAAAAAAAAAUGGCGCCUACGGUGAUUUUACUGAAAACUCCAACUGGCAGUGUUAAAUCUUUGAAACUUGAAGGAACGACUGAAAUCUCCCAUCUACACACUGAUUUACACACUGAUCUAUAAAUCGAUCUCCACGCUGAUCUAUGAGCCUGAGACAGAGAUGAAAACUGUCCUCUAAUCACAAAGCAUUCAACCUUUCGGUGCUGUGGCUGCCGAGAUGUUCUGCUCGACCUGACAGAAAACCUGCUCUGCCUUCACUGUGACCGGUUGCUUUCUGAAAAGGUUGCACUUCUGAACACUCGUGUUUGCCACUGCAGAGACUUUUAGGCAGAAAGUUUUCCAGCAGAUCAUCAGCUGAAAUGUUUUAUCUCUGCUGGUGGAGGCUGGUUUUUGGUCACAGCUGAGGACGGCGGCUGCUGAUCACUCUGAAGGACUUACAGCGAUAUAUCUCUUCAAGGACGAUUUAUGACAAAUGUUUCUUCUUCUGGGGUUUUUGAAGGAAAUAAAAAACGGGACACUUUGAGACGGAUGUGAGUCUCCUGUCUGUAUCGCAGAGGUUUUCCGAGGUCUGACUGAUUUACAGCCCUUGAAUCAACCCGGGGGGGGGGACGCCAAAAUGCAUGCUAAAGUGUCCCCUGGGAGCCAAAAUAUGCGCUAAAGUGCCCUUUUGGACACCAAAACACGCGCUAAAGUGCCCUUUUG